AACCAACAAUAUAUCAAAUAUCUCUUCUCUCUUCCUUAGAGAUCUUGUAAUCUCCUCUUAAUUAAUCUCAUAUUGUAAAACAAAGAUUCAAAAGUCAAAAUGGAGAUUAACGGAGCACACAAAGCUAACGGAGGAUCAAUCGACUCUAUGUUAUGCGGCGGAGACAUCAAGACAAAGAACAUGGUGAUCAACGCGGAAGAUCCUCUCAACUGGGGAGCUGCCGCGGAGCAAAUGAAAGGAAGCCAUUUGGAUGAAGUGAAGAGAAUGGUUGCUGAGUUUAGGAAGCCAGUGGUGAAUCUUGGAGGUGAGACUCUGACCAUUGGACAAGUGGCUGCGAUCUCAACCAUUGGUAACGGUGUGAAGGUGGAGCUGUCGGAGACCGCUAGAGCCGGUGUGAAUGCGAGUAGUGAUUGGGUUAUGGAGAGUAUGAACAAAGGCACUGAUAGUUAUGGUGUUACUACUGGUUUUGGUGCUACUUCUCAUCGGAGAACCAAAAACGGUGUCGCACUUCAGAAGGAACUUAUUAGGUUCCUGAACGCCGGAAUAUUCGGAAGCACGAAAGAAACAAGCCACACAUUGCCACACUCCGCCACAAGAGCCGCCAUGCUUGUACGAAUCAACACUCUCCUCCAAGGAUUUUCCGGUAUCCGAUUCGAGAUUCUCGAAGCCAUAACCAGUUUCCUCAACAACAACAUCACUCCAUCUCUCCCACUCCGUGGUACAAUCACCGCCUCCGGAGAUCUUGUUCCUCUCUCCUACAUCGCCGGACUUCUCACCGGUCGUCCCAAUUCCAAAGCUACCGGUCCCAACGGUGAAGCUUUAACCGCUGAAGAAGCCUUCAAAUUAGCCGGAAUCAGCUCCGGAUUCUUCGAUUUGCAGCCUAAGGAAGGUCUUGCGCUUGUCAAUGGCACGGCGGUUGGAUCUGGAAUGGCGUCGAUGGUGUUAUUCGAAACGAAUGUUCUCUCUGUUUUGGCUGAGAUUUUGUCGGCGGUUUUCGCAGAGGUGAUGAGUGGUAAGCCUGAGUUCACCGAUCAUCUCACUCACAGACUCAAACAUCACCCCGGUCAAAUCGAAGCGGCGGCGAUAAUGGAGCAUAUCCUCGACGGAAGCUCGUACAUGAAAUUAGCUAAGAAGCUUCACGAAAUGGAUCCGUUACAAAAACCUAAACAAGAUCGUUACGCUCUUCGUACUUCUCCUCAAUGGUUAGGUCCUCAAAUCGAAGUAAUCCGUUACGCAACGAAAUCGAUCGAGCGAGAGAUUAACUCCGUCAACGAUAAUCCGUUGAUCGAUGUUUCGAGAAACAAGGCGAUUCACGGUGGUAACUUCCAAGGAACACCAAUCGGAGUUUCAAUGGAUAACACGAGAUUGGCGAUUGCAGCGAUUGGUAAACUCAUGUUUGCUCAAUUCUCAGAGCUUGUGAAUGAUUUCUACAACAAUGGUUUACCUUCGAAUCUAACCGCAUCGAGGAAUCCUAGUUUGGAUUAUGGAUUCAAAGGAGCUGAGAUUGCAAUGGCUUCUUAUUGUUCAGAGCUUCAAUACUUAGCUAAUCCUGUGACUAGCCAUGUUCAAUCAGCAGAGCAACAUAACCAAGAUGUGAAUUCUCUUGGAUUGAUCUCAUCUCGCAAAACUUCUGAAGCUGUUGAUAUUCUCAAGCUUAUGUCAACAACGUUCCUCGUUGCGAUUUGUCAAGCUGUGGAUUUGAGACAUUUGGAGGAGAAUCUGAAACAGACUGUGAAGAACACUGUUUCUCAAGUGGCCAAGAAAGUUCUUACUACUGGUGUCAAUGGUGAGCUUCAUCCUUCUCGCUUCUGCGAGAAGGAUUUACUCAAAGUCGUGGACCGUGAACAAGUCUACACAUAUGCGGAUGAUCCUUGUAGCGCAACGUACCCGUUGAUUCAGAAGCUAAGACAAGUUAUAGUUGAUCAUGCUUUGAUCAAUGGUGAGAGUGAGAAAAAUGCAGUGACUUCAAUCUUCCAUAAGAUUGGAGCUUUCGAGGAGGAGCUUAAAGCGGUGCUUCCGAAAGAAGUGGAGGCAGCAAGAGCGGCAUACGACAACGGAACAUCAGCUAUCCCGAACAGGAUCAAGGAAUGUAGGUCGUAUCCUUUGUAUAGAUUCGUGAGGGAGGAGCUUGGAACAGAGCUUUUGACCGGAGAGAAAGUGACGUCGCCCGGAGAAGAGUUUGAUAAGGUGUUCACGGCGAUUUGUGAAGGUAAAAUCAUUGAUCCGAUGUUGGAAUGUCUCAACGAGUGGAACGGAGCUCCCAUUCCUAUAUGUUAAGAGUAAAGUCCUCUGUUUUUUUCUUACCAUAAAGUCUUUUUUUUUUUUUUUUUUUUACAUGUCUGAAUAAUUUUACCAAAUGAUUGUCUGUGAAGUGGUUUUAUGUCUGUCUAAUUUAAAUUUGUGUGUAAAACUCAUUGUAAGUUCUCAAAUGAACAAAUUUUCUUUUA